AUGCCGUCGCAGAUGUCCAGCCUGAAAGCCGGCGACUACAUCAAGAAGGUGUUCCGCAGCGUGGCUAAGCACCCAGCGGUGGUGCUGCUGAUCCUGCGGAUAGUCGAGGUCUUGGCGGCUUUGUGGAGCAGGUGGCGACGCAGCGUCCACUCCAGGAGGCAAGUUCUGUGCCCUGCAGACGAACUUGAACUGGACUUGGUCCAAGGGUGCUUGCUCACUGCCGAGAACUUGCUGAACCUGGGCCGCGUCGAGAAGAGGACGCUCUUUCAGGUAUCAGCCAGCAAACUUCUGAACCGCAAUGAGCACUUGGUUGGAGUAUUGAAAGAUGCUGCUCGACGCUGUCACGAGCAAAGUCACAACUGCCUGGUCACGAGAUGGGUGCCGCCAGAUGAGCGCUAUCACAUCCUUCAAGCCUCCAUCAAUGCCAUGAGCUCGUUGCUCGGUCCUAACUACGUACACCAGAAUGCCUUGGGCGCGGCUGGGGCAGACUUGUUUAAGUCCACCUGGUAUUGCGUGACAAUCAUGACGCCCACACGGGCUGAAAAUCAUCUGCCCGAUGAGCAGAAGGUGUCGGCGACCACGAGGAGCCUUGAGACGUGCACGUUCACGGACAUGACGCGAACACCGCGACCAACGCUUCGAAUCUGCCUCGUGCAUGAGUCAGAACUGAGAGGGAUAGCUGACGGCAAGCUCCAGCCACCAUCCUGGGGAUUUUUCAACAGCCGCCAUGCCGAAAGGUAUCGCAUGCUGUGCGACUUCAGCCGCAACUUUCAGCAACAGCUGGUUCGCACUCCGGCAGACUCCAAGGGCAUGAGCUCGCGAAGCCCCUUCACCAGUGAAAGGGCUCACAAGGCCCUAGACGUGUCUGGGUCUGGAAAGCCAGACGGCGGGAUGAUGAAGCGUGUCGUCUCCCAACCGAACUUGCAACAGAAGGGCAUGCCACGGCACAUGUCCAUGCUUAGACGUGCCUUGGCUUCGUCAAAUUCAACACGGUUGGCUCAUCGCAAGUGGCAUGUGGAUCUGUGGCUGCACGCCUCGGGCAAAAUCAAGGAAACAGCCGCGACGGCAGCAGCUUGGUGCUGUCAGAAUCUUCUCCCCUCGGACGUCAGAUGGACUGGUUAA